AUGUCAUUGCUUAAUGUUACUGUUAAAAGAGCAAAAUAUACCGGGAAUCAAACAACCCAACUAAGUAGUUACGUUACUUUAAAACUACAAAACGUGAAAUCAACGACAGUUGUUGUUAGAGGAUCGGAACCGUGCUGGGAACAAGAUUUUUUAUUUGAAACCGAUAAUGUUAACAACAAUGGGCUAUUGGUUGAAGUUUGGACAAAAGGAAUGAUAUGGGAUCGUGCAUUGGGUUAUCAAUUAAUCAAAUUAAAUACGAUACCAGUUCGUGGUGAUGGUGGUGGAUUACAUACGACGAAUUCAUAUAGUACUGAAAAAUGGUAUCCAUUGGAUACUGAUGUUAUAAUGAUGGAUGGUGAAGUUACAGCAACAAAAAAUCCAACUGGUCAUAUGCUAUUACUAGAUUGUCGCUUUGAAUUGCCUUUCGAUCCUGAAGGCACACCUGGAGAUUUGCGGCGUAAACUUGAACUUCUAAAUGGUGGUAUUGUCCAACAAAAUCAACAGCAAAGACAAGCCCAAUAUUUAGGAAACUCGGGGUACUCUGAAGAUAGCGAUUACACAUCAGAUUUUAAUUAUCCAAUUGGACAAGCAAAUUCAUCUGCAAGUCAAUAUCGAAAUAUAUCGACACCGCAUAGGUCAUUAGAAACAUCUAGAGAAAAUUCAUAUGAAAAAGACGAUCGAUCAUCCUAUUACGAUUGUUAUUCUGAUUCAAAGAAUAUGACGUGUUAUUCACCACAAGAAAUGUCUAGUUAUAAAGAAGAAAAUGAUCCGCUGUUUUAUAAUAGUCGACCAAUGAGUAAUAAUUAUAUAUUGGGUAGUAGUAAUAAUCAAAAUGGAACUAAUAUAAAUAUUAAUAAUGGUAGUAAUAUUAAUAAUAGUGGAAAUAUUCAACGUAAACGUAGUUUUGAACGUCAAACAACAAUGUGUGAUUAUGACAAUUAUGAUAAUAAAUUUUAUGAUACAUUAUCAGAUAAUAUAUCAGAAGAUAGACAAUGGGACAGCGGUGGACGUUGUACGUCAAUGAAUACAAAAGUAUUACCAAAAAUUCCAAUUAAAAAUAGUAAUAGUAUGAUUGAUAGUAUAACAAAUGUAACACGUGGUGCAACAUUACCACAACCACCAUAUGGUACAACAACAAUAACAAAUAAUGGGACAUAUACUGGUAGUGGUAUUGGUAAUAUGGAUCAGCAACAAGCAUUUAAAAAAGCUAGAAUAUUACCACAACCUACUGCUGGUAUUACUCCUAUUACUACAUCUGUUAUACAACAACAACAACAAUCUGAUUUAAUAUAUCAACAACAACAGCAACAAUUACAACAACAUCAACCUCGAAUUUUACCUCAACCAAAAACAGCGAGUGGUCCUGGUACAAUAAUACCAACAAUGCCAAUUGGUGCAGCAAUAACAACUGAUUAUAACUAUUUUUAUACAAGUCAAGAUAGCUUAAAUUAUUAUAAUGAUAAUAAUUUAAUGACGUCAACAACAACAGCUACAGGAAAUAUAACAACAGCAACAACAACAACAGCAGGACAAAUUAGUGGAACUGGAAAUGUUGCAAAUGCAAUUAGUAGAAAAAGUAAAACACUACCCUCAGUACCGGUACCAAAAUUAGGCAAAACAAAAUAUUCUAGAUCACUAGAAGGUAAUGAUAAUGAUGUUAUAACAACGACAACGGCUAAUAAUGAGUAUUAUUAUGAAUCGUCAUUAAUUGAUGCACCGACAACAAGAAAAUCACAUAAAAAGUUACCACAACCUGGUGUUAAAACUGAUAACGGAAAGGUUGAAAAUGGUACAUCUUCAAAAUAUUCUUCACCUAUUCUUGGUACUGGUAGGACGGAUACAAAAAUUAAAACUACAGAAACGGAAAAUAUAAUAUCUGAAUUAACAACACCAAAUAGUACAAUAACAACAGCAACCACAUCAGCAACAACAAUAACAACAACAACAGGAACAAAAACAGAAACAAAUCUAUCUGAUAUAAAAUCAACAUUUAAAACUGAUAACAAAUAUAAGGAUACGACUUUUGGUACAAAUAAAGAAACAUUAGAUACAGAUACAGUUGAUGAUAAAGAGUUAGAAAAAACAAUAACAACCACAACUACUACCACAACUACAACCACAAUUAUAACUACAAUUACAACCACAACUACAACAACCACAACAGAUAAAAUAACCUCAAAAAUAAAAUUAGAAGAUAAUAAAAAUUCUGAUAAUAUAAUUACAGAUAAAUAUGACGAUGCUCUUAGUACAAUAAAUUUUGAUAAGAAUACAUACAACACUAAUAAUAAUGCGGCAACAACAACCACAGCAACAACAGCAAUAUCAACAAAUAGUAUUCUUAGUAAAUAUGCUGAUUUAUUACCAAAGUCAAUAGAAUCAUCAAUAUCGUCUACAACAACUCCAUCGUCAAUAUCAUCAACAUUAUCAUUAACAAAAACAAUAACAAUAGCAACAACAGGUACAACAAUGCCAACAAAAACUUUAGAAGCAAUAUCAAAAGGAACAAUAGAUAAAUCAACAGCAACAACAACAACAGGAACCAAUAAUAUUAUAUCAGUUGCCGCAACAAAAGCAACAACCGAUAAUAAUAAUAAAACAUUUGGUACAAUUAAUAAAUCAGCUGCAAUUUUAGAUGAGACUGCAUCAUUUUUAGCUAAAUAUAAUUUAUCAAUAACAUCAACAUCGACAAUAUCACCAGUAACAACUACAAUAACAAAAACAUUAUCUAAUACAACAGAUAUUAAUAAAACAGAUUUAUCAAAUAUAAUAUCAACAACAUCUUCGAUACCAAUUACAACAGAUUAUAAAACAUUCAUAACAUCAUCUGGUUUAACGAAAGAUUCUCAAUUUCUUACUGAUACAAUUAAUAAAAAUUAUGAUAUACAAAAAAUUAUUGGAACAUCAGGAUCAGUAAUAACUACAUUAUCAUCAUCAUCUACUGAUACUACUGAUAAAUCAGUUAUUAUAUUACCAACACCGAUUACAACAAUAACGACAACAAUGCCCGAUACAAAAUCAACAAUAGAAAGAACUGCAACAACAUCAAUAAUUGAUACAUUAUUAAAUAAUACAAAUAUUUCUGAUAGUUUGUCAACGACCACUGAAACAACAACAUCAUCUGAUUAUAAAUCAUAUAAAGAUUAUCUAAGUAAAACACAAAGUAUAUUAAAUUCAACACAAUCAAAAAUACAAACAUCUCAUACAAAAAAAGAUGAUAGUAGUUUUUAUGACAAAUACGAUGAUCCUUAUAGUAAUCAAUUAAGUGAUAGCGGUAAUAAAUUAGUGGAUAUUAAAUCGACAAUAACAAUAGCUUCAAUACCUGAUGAUGUAAAAACCACGCAGACAACUACGCAACAAUCAAUAUUUACUACUACGACACCCAUGGUUGUUACUGGGGAUCAUUUUAAACCUACUAAAACUGAUAUUACGCCAUCGGUAGCAUUAGAGCAACAAAAAAAUUUAACAGUUAGUUCUGAAAGUGUAAUGCCUUCAACUUCACCCUCAUCAUUUUUGAGUAAUUUAACAGGGAUACAAUCAAUAGUGACACCAGCAUCAACACCACAACAACAAACUAAAGUGCCUAUUACAACUGCUCAACAGCAACAACAACAACAGCAGCUGCAACAAAAGCAGUUGCAACAGCAACAACAACAACAGCAACAACCAUCAUUCCCUUCGAUAAAACCGGGUAAAAUGUUUGGUUCUUUAACAUCAGGUUUAAAAGGUGUUGUUGGUGGAGUUGCUAAUCAAGUAACAAGUCAACAGCAACUUCAGCAGCAAAAAUUACAACAGCAACAACAGCAACAACAACAAAAACAACAAUCGCAACCGUUUGCUGCUGUAAAAGGUUUUGGUUUUGGUUUAGCAUCAAAAUUGAAAGUGCCAACAUUGGGUGGUGGUGGAACUAAUCAGCAACAAAAACCACAACCACAACCACAACCUCAAGAACAAGCUUCUAUUAAAACUGCUGUUACAACACAACAAUUACAACAACAACAAAAUCAAUUAUUUAGUAGCAAUAGUGGAGUACCUAUAAAAACAACUGUACCAGCAACAACUGCAUAUUCAACCGUACCUAUAACAUCUGACAAUUUAAAUAAUCAAUUAAAUUAUUAUGCCGCUGUUACAACAUCUACUGAUAUUGUAACAACGUCGGCACAAAGUGAACAAUUUUAUUAUGACAUAUAUGGUCGUCUAGUUCCAAAAACAACUUCAGUUACAACAUCAGCAUCAACUGUAACAACAUCAAUUGAUGCCGUUUAUGAACAACAACCUCAACCAAUGCAUAUUGAUACUGUUGCACCAAUAUCAACAAUAGCACCAACUACCACUAUUAUUUCUACAACAACUACAACAGGUAAAGUUGUUGAUUAUCGUUCUUACGGUUAUGAGGAAGAUAAUUACAGCGAAGAUGAUUAUAUCGCAACUGGCGAUAUAAUAUCUGACUAUCAACAAAAUUAUAUUAAUUAUAAUAACAAUUUAUUAUUAGCUGCUACAAUGGCAGAUUCGACAAGUACGUUGGGCUAUGAUCAACAACAACAACAACAACAGCAACAACAACAACAGCAGUUACAACAGCAAAAAGUAGCACCAGCUGUAACAACUGCUGUCACAUUAAUUGGUUCACAACAACCAAUUAAUUCUGUACAAGUUGUUACAGCUUCGAAACCUUUGCCAGUAACUACAGCACCACCAGUAGUUACAACAUCUCAAACGAAACCACCUCAACAAGCUCCUAGCAGUGGUGGUGGUGGGCUUUUUGGAUCAUUUUUAUCUAAAGCUAAAGAUGCAGCUGCUAUUGCGGCACAGGCUUCGUCUGCUUUAACAGCAACUGUAACUACCACAGCUCAAAAAUCUGAAAGUAAAAUUGUCAACGUAACUACUACUACCACUACAGGAGCUAAAACAAGUGGCGGUGGUUUUAUGAAUACACUUGGUGGUGGAUUUAUGAAAGCUUUAUCUUCUUCACCAAUAUCAACUUUAACUGAAAAGACUGGAUUAACUGCACAAGAACCAAAUCAACAACAAAAACUGCAACAACAACAGCAAUCUGAACAAUUAAACGAUACUAAACUGAUACAAAAUAAUUAUGAUGCAACAGUAACAACAGCUGCAACAACGGUAUCAACAACAGCAUCAAAUGAUAAAUAUGCUCAUGAUGAUGUUUAUAGUCAAGCUGGGGAUAGCAAUUAUUAUACGGACCAAUCACAGCAACCUCAAAAGCUUUUACCACAAGUACCACCAACAACAGGGGGUAAGAAAUUACCACAAAUAAAUGGUAAAAGUAGUUUGUUGAUGAAACAACAACCAACUGAAAUUGAUGAUGAAUAUGUUGAUGAUUUGAUUCAUGACAAUAAUAUCAUUAUUAGUGACGAUGAAUUUUAUGAUGAUGAUGAUUAUUUUGAUGAUGAAAAUGAUCGUCAUCAUCAAAAAUAUUUCGAUCAUAACAUAAAUAGUAAUAGUAGUAAUAGCACCAUGCAUCAUGCUUCAUCCAUUCAGUUCAAUAAUUCACAACAACAUCUCCUUCAACAACAUUAUCAUCAUCCAGUUCAUCAUCAUCAUCAACCAGUUGUUCAACCGAAUCAAUUAACAGCAGUUGGUAAUGAUUAUUUACAUCAACAACAUCAUGAUUUUAUGUCUAUAAAUGAUCCAUAUUAUGAUUAUCGUAAUGAUUAUUUCAAUGAAGAAGAUGAAUAUAAAUAUCUUAAAGAACAAGAAGCACAACUUGAACAACAGCAACAACAACAACAGCAACAACAAAAAUCUAAUAAAGAGCAAUUAUUACAACAACAUCAAAAACAGCCACCUUUAGAAUUUAUUGAAGAGAGUCAUGAUGAUUACAUUGAUGAUCCAACAUUAAAGGAUUCAAAUUUGAAACAGCAGCAGCAAUUAGGUGUUCAUAAAAAUAACAAACAACUUCAUUCAUUAAAAACACAAGAAACUAUUGAUGAGACAUCAGAUCUACUUGUCAAUGAGCAAAAACAAAAAGAUCAACAAUUAAAACAAAAUUUACGUAAACAAUCUAGUGUUGUUCUUGAAGAAGAAGAUGAAGAAGCUAUUGAAGAUGAUAUAGAAGAGGAAGAUGAAGGUGGAAUUAUUGAUGAAUCAUUAAUGAGUCCAUCAGAAAUUUAUGAACAAGAUGAUAAAUUAUCAGCAUUACAAUCAACAGUUAAUAGUAAACGUGGUUCAGCACAAUCAUCUGAUUUAUUGCAAUCAUCUACAAUAAUAAAUACAAGUAGUGAUAGUAAUAAAAUUUCUGCUGCUGUAGCUAGUGCCACUGCAUCUGGUAUAACACAAACUGGUACAACACUAACAACAAUGACAGCAGCUGGUGUUGCAGCCGCAGCUGCUAUAACAGCUGAUAUCAUUAUUGAUGGUGAAGAUUUACCAAUGCAAAAGAAGAAAAUUUUACAUCGUGGUGAAACAGAAGAAGUUGUAAGCGGCCAAAUGACAAUACGUAAACCAGAAGUUACUGCUAGACAAAGAUGGCACUGGGCUUAUAAUAAAAUUAUCAUGCAACUAAACCAUAAAAUUCUCAAAUCCCGUGAUCUUGUCGGAAAAUUAGAAAUACAGGCUAGAAAGAAAGCACAAAAUUAA